CCAUCAACUCUACAACUCAGAUCCACAGCUCAACAGCUCCUACAACAUGGCGCAGUCAAAUAUUAACGUCCUACUCUCUUCUUUCCCGGGCCUUUCACUCCCAUCCACCCUCUCAUUUGCGCUUCCCUCCACAGCGACCUUGUCAGAUCUGACAGACAAAGUCGCCUCAUAUCUGCCGACCUCGCUUUCUCUGGAACGUCUCAUUCUCACAACUACCAAUAACAAGCAAAUCUUCGCGUCUCCUACUCCUCUUCAUUCUUUGAUCACUCGCGACAAUGGUGCCGUCACUACUCUCCUUCCCAUCCGCCUCUCGGCGCCGCUGUGCGGUGGUAAGGGUGGUUUCGGAUCCCAACUUCGUGCCGCGGGUGGGCGCAUGGCCAGCAAGCGCAAGCGCAACCAGGGCGACAACAACAGUUCGAGCCGUAAUCUCGAUGGCCGCCGUUUGCGGACCGUCAAUGAGGCCAAAGCACUUGCCGAGUAUCUCGCGGUCAAGCCUGAAAUGGACAAGCAAGAGAAGGAAGAACGCCGCCGCCGGUGGCAGGCUGUGGUAGAGAUGGCCGAGAAGCGCCAGGAUGAGAUUAAAAAUGGUGGUGGAAAGCAAAAGAUCGAUGGUCAAUGGAUGGACGACAAGGAGGAGAUGAAUGAAAAGGCACGUGAAGCGGUUCUUCUUGCAAUGAAGGACGGCGCAUGGACGGACAACCUACGUGACGCAAUUCUGGGUGGAUCAAGCACCAGUGCUAGUGAGGGUAGCGAGUAUGGAUCCUCAUCCGACUCUGAGGGCGAGGACGAGGAAGAAAACAAUGGCGCAUCUUCAAGUUCUGCGGCGGCUUCCACAACGGUACAAAAGCCGGCACCUCGCCGUUUCAUCGGGUUUGAUGACGAUGAUGACGAGUUUAUGAGUGAUUCCGAGGAGGAGGAGGCGAAGGAAAGCGACCCCAGGGGCAAGGGCAAAGCCCGCGCUUGAAUUGAUAUCGACGGAAUUCUGGCUUAUGUUUAACGAUGGCGUUUUUACUUCAAAAGGGUUACCGAGUGCAUUGGUUUAAGCGAAUAUUUCUGUGUCAAUAGUCUAUCAAUAAUUUUUUCCUUUUAACGCCUGGUUAUUUUAGGCCAGAACUGACUCCAAAUUGUGUCGUUAAGAUGUCUUUCUCCUGGCUAGACCGUUCAUGGAAGAGACAUUCAGUGACUUUCGCGAGCAAACGUCAAUCAAACAACCUAGUCAACUUCCCAAGAUAAAACAAGCUUGAG